CCCCCCUCUGGGUAACUCAGUAAGAAGCUGCAAAGGGUGUGGACCUGUGUGCAGCUAGGAGUUUGAGAAGAGAGCAGGACAGACUGAGUGGCUGACCAAGGUUGCCAUCCAGCCUCCCCAUGGACCUCCUGGGCCCAUGGACCCUCCUGUUGGCCUCCUUUCUCUUCUGCUUGCUGUUCCUCUCAGCAUGGAAGAAGAGAGAGAAGCUGCCGCCUGGACCGACUCCGCUGCCCUUCAUUGGGAACCUGCUGCAAGUCAACACAAAGGACAUGUAUCAGUCGCUGAUGAAGAUCCGUGAGAAAUAUGGUCCUGUCUUCACCAUCCACUUAGGGCCCCGCCGUGUUGUGGUCUUGUGUGGAUACGAUGCCGUGAAGGAGGCCCUGGUGGACCAGGCGGAAGAGUUCGGUGGCCGUGGAAAGCAAGCCACGUUUGACUGGCUUUUCCAGGGUUACGGGCUUGGCUUCAGCAACGGGGAACGGGCCAAACAGCUACGACUAUUUUCCAUUACGACGCUGAGGAAUUUUGGGAUGGGAAAGAGAUCCGUCGAAGAGCGGAUCCUGGAGGAGACCCACUUCCUGCUGGAAUCCCUGAGGGAAACAAAAAGCGCACCCUUUGACCCCACCUACACCCUGAGCCGCACGGUCUGCAACAUCAUCAGCUCCAUCGCCUUUGGCGACCGCUUUGAAUACGAAGAUCAGGAGUUCCACUCCUUGCUGAGUAUGAUGCUGGGUAGCUUACAGUUCACUUGCACCUCUUGGGGACAGCUCUAUGACAUGUUCUCGGGCGUCAUGCAGUACCUGCCUGGCCCACAACAUAAAGCCUUCAAGCAGCUCUUAGGGUUGGAGGAGUUCAUCAUGAGGAAGGUAAAAGCCCAAGAGGAGACCCUGGACCCCAACGCCCCUCGGGAUUUCAUUGACUGCUUCCUGGUGAAAAUGCAGCAGGAGAAGGAAAACACAAACACAGAGUUCUUCCUAAAGAACCUGGUUAUGACGACCCUCACCAUUUUCUUCGCUGGCACAGAAAGUAUCAGCACCACUUUGCGCUAUGGCUUCCAGCUUCUGCUGAAAUACCCGGAGGUUGAAGAGAAAGUCCACGAAGAGAUUGAACGGGUGAUUGGCUCGAAUCGCACUCCCAACAUGGAUGACCGUCCCCUGAUGCCCUACACGGAAGCUGUGAUCCACGAGAUCCAGAGAUUCACUAACAUGUUCCCCUCCGGAGUAGCAAGAUGUGUGACCCGUGAUACCCAGUUCCGGGGAUACACCAUUCCCAAGGGGACUGAAGUGUUUCCCAUGCUUGGGUCUGUGCUGAGAGACGCCCAACACUUUGCAAGACCAGACGUGUUUGACCCCCAACAUUUCCUGGAUGAGAAUGGGCAGUUCAAGAAGAAUGAAGCUUUUAUGCCUUUCUCUGUUGGGAAGCGCUAUUGCUUAGGGGAACAACUAGCCCGGAAGGAGCUCUUCCUCAUCUUCACCAGCAUCCUGCAGAACUUCCGCUUCAAAUCGCCCAUCCCACCUGAACAGAUCGACAUCUCUCCCAUGCUGGUUGGCUUUGUCACCAUCCCACGUUUUUAUGACAUGUGUGCCAUUCCCCUCUAAAAUGGGGUUUUAGAGUUUUUAGGGGUUUUUGAAUGUUUUAUGUUGUU